AUGAGAUGGAUAAUACGGACUGUGGUAACCUGCAUUCUGUUUGUGGCUAAUCAUGCGAUCGACAAGAAAAUCCCUGAAUUAGUUGGCAGAGUCUGCGCCUUUGGAGACUUCAAUGCAGACCGAAACACUGAUAUUCUCGUUUUUGGAAACGGAAGUCUUACUAUCAACUAUCAAGAGACGAAGUUGCUCGAUGUGGUUAGUUUUUCACAUUUACAUCCAUUUAAGAAUGUUUAAUUUCCAGCUAGAAGCAUCCAAAUUCACACCAGGCACUUCUUUCAAAAUCGGUGCGGCUGAUUUGAACGGAGAUCUUGUCGAGUGCUCCGUCGGCGACUUCAAUGGAGAUUCCCGGCUCGACGUGCUCGUUUCGGUCCGCGAUAAAGUCAUCCCCAUUUACAAUCACACUCUGUGGACAUCUGAAGCCUCAGGAGACGGCGAAUCGUUCGUUCCGUUCCAAGUUGCUCUGCUUGUCCAGCACGCGAUGGCCAUCGACAUUUCUAACGACGGAUGGACUGAUAUCGUCGGAUUCUAUCCGAACGGAUCACUAUUCUGCACGAAAAUCGGAGAGAAAGGCACAAUCCGACCGGCCGUCGACUAUUGUACGGAUUAUUUCAAGAGUUUCCCGGACACGUUGAAUGUUUUUCCCGGAAUGCCUCAUCUUUUCGUAGAUAUCAACUGUAAUUAUCUCAUUUCCUCCUUGACUAUUUCAAAUUUUAAUUUCUAGCCGACUUGCUCGCUGAUAUCGUAUUCAUGACGAAAGGAGAUGACGGCUCUCUCGAGAUGAGCGUCUGGCAGAACACCAAGAUCAACUGGCAGUACAGGCCCUGGAUCCCGAAACUUUCGCAGGCUCAGUACGCAUACGUCGCCGCUCCAGUCGCGAUGGACUUCGACUCGGACGGUGAAAUGGAUCUGCUUGUUCCGAUCUGCAGAGAAGUAGAGUGCCUUCACAUUACUCAGAUGGCAGUUUGGUCGAAGAGUCGGCAAUGGGGCACGGUUGCCUGUGAUAUGCAAGACUUCACGGUGAAAAGAGAUCCGUACUCGCUGGUCGUCUUCCGAGUCGGAGAUCUUUCCCUCGACAGUUACCCGGACAUGCUGGCUAUCGUUCAGAGUCCAAAUGUAAAAAAAAACGGUUUAGGAAAGGGAAAAAAAUCAUGGUCUCUUUUCAGGCGAAAACAAUGCCAACAGCGAAAGUCAUUGAAAACGGGGAAUGCAAAAAUUGCGAGAAGAACGGGACGAGACGGUUUGAUCUCAAGAAGAUGGAUUUCAUUCAGACGAAGAACAUGGCGAUAGGAACUACCAAAAUGAGCACUUUCUUCGAUUUACUUGAGGACGGAUGUCUGGACCUGCUAGUCGAGUACGAAUUCGCAGGACAAACCAACAUUGGAUUCAUUUAUUGUCCGGACAAAGGAGACACCACCUUCCUGAAGGUGCAAGUGUUCACGGGAGUGUGCAGUGAUCGUUGCAAUCCAAAGUCGGACGAGAUCGGAUCGAGCAUCAGUAUGGCAGGAGCUUGUGCUUCGUUCUCGAUGACGGACGGAUGGGGCGGAAGUACUCAAAGUGUCGCCUGCCAAGUGCCCUCCUCUUCCAAUCGGGCACUCUAUCUGCCAUUCCUGCUUUACGGUCUCGGAAGAAGUCCGAAUUUUGUCGAUGAGGCAUGUUUCACAUUUCCGCAUCGCGUAGAUUAAUUUCUGUUUCAGUUGAACAUUGCGAUUCCAAAAUACGCGGAUCGGAAAGAUGAUUGGAAGCACAGUCUGAAGCAGAUCGUGCCCAACUCUCGCAUUAUAGUCCUUCCCCCAUCCGAGCAAUCCGGUCACUGGAUCAGUCGGCUCUACGUAACUCCGUCCGCUCUCAUUGCUCAGGUACCUUUCCACUUUCAUUCUCCCCUCCCCACCCCUAUACUCGUCAGAGUGUGCUCGUGAUCGCAUCCGUCUGUGUUAUGCUCCUCAUGGUCGUCGUAUUUCUGCAUUAUCGAGAGAAGAAGGAAGAUCGGUACGAACGGCAGCAACAAUCGCAUCGAUUUCACUUCGAUGCCAUGUAA